AUGAUAAAUAACUUUGAGGGCCUGUACACAGCAAGAAUCACUGACAUUCACAAGACAACUAUGAUAAUUAAACCUGAGAACAGCAAAAAGGUAUAUGAUGAUGUCGAGCUUGUGAACGGCCGACUGGAGUGUAGUAAUGAAGAUGAUCUUGCUGGCUGUGGACUCAACCUUGUAGAUCCCCCAGCGAAUGUGUCAUGCAAAGCAACUAAUAGCUCAUGGUCCAUUAAUGUGUCCUGUGUCAUAGGCAGUGUCUACUCCUCACGGAAAAUAUACACAUGUUCACUGAUCCGAACACAAGCGUCAAAGAAUGAAACACUAGAAAAUGUCACCAUGGUGACAUCUCAAACCAGUGAGAAGAUCACUAAGAGUGAAGUGAAGGUUUCAGGUUUCUGUCACUUCAAUACAACCCUCCCUACAGAAGAAGGACACUACGGAUUCAUCGUCUCCUUUUCACCAGGAGCUCGAAAUUGUAUGACUGACAACAAACAGUUUACUGUUGAAAGGCCCAGAUCGCCAGCAGCCUCGUGUGGUCCCCAGCCCUAUGUACUUGAACACACGACCCUCACCUGUACCUGCUACACAUCUAGUCUAGGGCAGCCUGAAGGUUAUCUCAGGUGGGUUUCAGGUAACCAGACAAACCAAGGGACAGUAGUCAAGCAACAACAACUGCCAUCAAAAGAACUUCGCUAUAAUCUGACCCUGUCAGAUCACAAUAAUACUUGGUUCAGGUGUGAUGUUUUCUGGGGAACUGAGGAGAUUCAAGGAGAGAACUACACUGCAAGUGUGGGAUACUUACCUACAAUAAAACGUCUUGCUGUCAAUGGCGAUGAGAAAAAUCAAACAGUGAAAGAAGGAGAUCAAGUCAAGAUUACAUGUGAAUCUGAGAGUCGACCUACACCAAACGUCUUCAUUCGUAACAUCGACAACGACACUGUUGUCGUUAACGACUCGUCUCAUCUCAACUACACGUUCAUCGCUCGCUGUAAAGAUACGGCCACGUACCAGUGUUCCGCUUCGAAUGAAUUAUCGCCUCAAUCAGACGUGACCACGUCACCCAGAAUCAUGAUAGAUGUCAACUGUAAGCCUCGAAGCUUCUCAUCCACACUCCUCGGCACAGUCAAGUCUGGAAGCGAAAUCCAAGAGCUGAGGUUUGAUGUAAUUGCUUACCCCGCACCUCACAGGUAUGAAGCGUGGCUUGUUUCAAAAGUAAUCAACAACAGCGAACCCUCGUUCAGGGAUGUUCAAGGUUCAGAGCUAAAUGUCACAUGUGAAGCUUCCAAACAAUAUCGUUACCUGUCCAAGUGCUCUCUAACGAUAAUUGGCAUUUCCUCCCGAUCAGACGAUUUCUACAAGGUUCAAGUCAUCAAUGAGCACGGUGGAGAGAACUUCACUGUUGAGAUCAGUGAUGUUGCCCCUGGAGACUCAAAAUUCUAUAACCUAGCCGUUAUUUAUGGGGUUGUGUGUCUCAUCGCUAUCAUCUUCGUGAGUGCGGUACUCAUCGUUGUAAUUAGAAAACUGAAGAAAAGUAAAGGGGACCAGUCAAGCCAAACACCCGGUGAAACACACCAAACUCCAUUAGACAGUGCUGAUACUUCGGGGCUGGUCCCCUGUCAGAUGCCUGUGUACGCUGUAGUAGACAAGACAAGAAAGAAGACCGCCUGUCAACCUGAGUACAUUGCUGAAGCAGCAGACGAGAGAGAAGAAGGAAGGAGAAACGCUGCACAAGGUGUAAGUGUUUCAAAUUCAAGAUUACCGGAUAACACAGAAUCAGAGUAUGCUGUUUUGGAAAUGUCCAGAGGUAAAACCUCAGCUAGACAUGACAAAGACUACAAGCACAAAAAACAAGAGUUCAGAACAAACGCAAUGCAAGGUAUCUUAGCUGAUGACGAUGACUUCAAGAUCUAUGACCAUUUGACUACACAGCCACUAUCACCACAACAGGACUGCAAUACCAGGAGGGACAUACCUUGUCCAGCUUCACACUCCCACGCCGAGGAUGACGGCAGUUGGGCUACUGAUGAUUUGAUGUACCUGACAUCCUCUUGUGAUGUUAGUUAUGAUGCAAAACGUCCUCCACCUCCACGGCCCAAGGAGAGAAAAUACUGA